AUGACAAGGAGAAAGGUGAAACUUGCAUGGAUUGUGAAUGAUGCUGCUAGGAAAGCCACCUUCAGAAAGAGGAGGGCAAACCUGUUGAAAAAACUGAGAGAGUUGACCAUUUUAUGUGAUGUGAAUGGCUUGAUCAUCGUUUAUGGGCCCGAUAGCGACGAGCCUGUUGUGUGGCCUGAACGCCCAGUGGUUCAAGAACUACUGGCAAGGUUUCUCAGCAUACCGGAAUUCGAGCGGUGGAAGAAGAUGACGAACCAAGAGACUUACCUCAAGGAUAGUGCAGCCAAAAUACAAGAACAAAUAAGGAAGAUUCAGAAGAAGAACAAUGAGAUGGAGAUGAAUUAUAUCAUGCACCAGAUUCUUAAAAAUGGUAAGCCACUAGAUGCAUUUCACGCUAGAGAGCUAACUGAUUUGGUUUUUUUUAUGAAGGAUAAGAUGAAAGAGAUCGAGAAACGGAUCGAAACUAAAGAGAUGGAUCCUAAUGUUCCACCAUGUGCUCCUCCACAUAAUGAUGAAUGGAACGCUACAGAGUCUUUGUUUAAUUAUCUGCACAAGGAAAAGACGAAGCAAAUGGAGAACAUUGUUGGAGCUAGCAGUAGUGUGAGGAGUGAUAUGGGACUGCCCGAAUAUACCUAUUUUGGUAGUUCUGUUAAUCCUGCAAACGGGAUAGGGUUUCCUAGCGUGAACUUUGAAGGCAAUUACAGCUAUGGCGGAAGUGAUUUAGGGCUUCCCAAGCAAAUUCAUAACAUUGCUGGUUCGAGUAGCAGUGUUAGGCAUUAUGGAACUGAUUUGGGGAUGCCUCACGUGAAUUAUGGAGGAAGUUCUACUGGUGGAAGUGAGAUGAGGCAUGACAUCCUUCCACAUUAUUAUGGGGAUAAUAUUGUAGGCAAUACUGGAUGGGGUACUAGAGAAACCAAUGCUGGAUAUGGUGAUAGACUAGGGCAUCUGCCCCAACAGCUGAGCGUCGAAGGUGAUAAGGGAAGUGGAUUAGGGUUGCCUGCUGGAUUGUUUGGAGGUAACAACGGUGGAAGUGAUGCAGGGCUUCCCUAUGAUGUUACCAAAACUUGA